AAAGCGACCGCUCCAGGAGCGGCAUUGACAAGGAAGCAAUUAUGAAAUUUUGAUGUUCGAAAUGGGGGGGGGGGUCGUGAGAGCAGAAGCCGAGCGACUCCCCGCUGUGCUGCCGCCGCCGAGGGCCUCUGAAGAGCUCUCCAGCCGGGCGGGGGUCGCCCCGGCCGCCCCCACCGUCAUUAAAGGCCCCUCUCAAACACUCCAAGAGAUUUUCAGAGCGCGGGCCGGGCUGGGCAACAUUAAAAACACAGGGCGAUUGAAAUGGGCGCAUUGAGAUGCGCGGAGCCGGCUGCGGCGCGGACUCGCUCUUGAGGUCAAGUGACGGACGGAUUGUAUGCUUCUUCAUAAUAAUAUUAAUUAAACAAUUUGCAUGCUAAUAAGGUAACAAUUAUCAGGGCCUCUGUUGAAAGAUUCAGGUUAUUACAACACGCCAAUCUGAAGGCCAGGGGUCAGAGAGUGAGAGGCGAGCGAAAUUUCAACUCAAAUUAACAUUCUGUCAGCUCCAGAAAAUGGGAUAAAUAAAGUCGAAUUAAUUCAUUAUAAUAAAGAGAGAUGGGCGAGGGAGCCCGGCCGGCGCCCGCCCCUCCCCUGCCCUCCCCUCGGGCCGAAUUGAUUACAGCUCUGUAUUCAGAAACACGCGCCGCGCACAUUCCUCCUCGCGAACCCGGCAGAGAACGAGGCGCUUACAGCUACGGGCAAAAUCGAGUCGGAUGGGCAGAGUUUACAUUUAGUAUUUAUAGAGAAAGAAAUUAAAUUAUGGCGAAAAGUAGUGCUCUUGGCCCCUGACCUCGGAAUUAAUACUUGCAGCGUUUUCCUAGCGCGCGCCGGGUGGCGGAGGGGCGGGUAAGGCGGUGCGGGGUGGGAGGUGUAAGGUCCCAAAUUCCAAGCCCUGUCUCGGUCUCUGCGAGACGUCAACCUGCCCCCAGCCCCUGCACCUCUCCCUCCUCUCGAACGACGAGAGAGGGGAAGGCAGUUAAAUCGUAGUCGGUGCGGCCAGGGCACGCUCAAUAAGGACUAAUGCCCGGCUGCGUGUCCAGCGCCCCAGCCGCGAGGCAAGUCCUCCCCACUCCCGCUGGCGGAGCCUUGUGUGCGCCCUCGGUUCGCAAGGACACCCAGCCGGGGCUAGACUACAGACACUCAGGUUCUGUCUUACCCUUGCCUUCGCUCCGGAUUUGGGGCUUGGAAGGCUGGUCAAAGCCAUGUACACCAAAGGGCAACUUGUCUGUCGCCUUGUCCUGGGGUGAGAGGCUGCCGGCGGUCCGGCCACCAGGACUGGCCAGAUACCCGGGAUUGGUCAGUCCUAGGCCCGGGAGCUCUUUCCUCCCGGACACUACCUCGAGCCACCGGGACCACAGGGAUGAGGUCCACGGGCCUGGGCCCGCAGCAAAAUGCACCCUCCUCGUUGGCAAACUUUUUACCAAAGACGAUAGAUAGAUAGAUAGAUAGAUAGAUAGAUAGAUAGAUAGAUAGAUAGAUAUAACGACUGCUUUCCCUCCUGCCCACAGCCCUAAUUUGCUGCUUAUUUAAGAAUAUGGCCUUUAAUGAUUGUGCUUUGAGUCUAUCAAUAUUUUAUAGUGGAAAAGGGAGUGACAGACUCUUCUCUGGGAACAUAAUUUAGUUAUAAUUGAUGGUUUGAGUACCUGGGCCCUGUUUUUCAGAGGCCGAGUUGCAGGCAGAAGUGCUUAUUUUUUUAUUUCCCUCCCUGGGGCCUGAUGGGCCACCACCCCAAAGUUAGUUUUCCCGUCCUGCCACCUCUCCUCCCCAUACCUGUGCUCUGGUUCUACGGAAUUGGGGGGCGGGUGGGGGUGUCAGGGUGUCUCCACAGCCGCCCCCCACCUCUGUUUCUAGAGCCCAGGCAGCGGCCAGUAAGAAAGGGCGUUAAUUAUGCCUUUUUAUUGACAGGGUGCUACAUUCUGUGGGAGUCAUUCUCUUUUGGAGUCGCCUCCUCCCUCUGCCCCCUCCACUCCUUCCUCUUCCUCCUCCCUUUCCUUCCUCCUCUCCCCCCGCCGCCUGGAGCCGGAGAGGAGAUGAGAAGCCCUUGUAGUUUUAAAUUCAAUGUGACAGUUUCGGAAAGAGCGGAUGAUGAAUCUCCUAUUAUUGGAUCAGUCUAUUUGCCGCUCAAUGUCUCUCUGUAAUUGGAGCAACAUCACUUUAAAGGUUCAGAGAGUACAGCAUUUCUGGUGAAAAAUCCCCACAACACGCCGGUGAAUGUUUUAAAGGGAAAUCUAUUAGUGAUUUGCAGAGGGGCGGGGAGCCCGCGGCGGGGGAGGCGCGGGCUCCGGCCAGCGGGGAUUGGAGUGGGGGGCUCGCCGGGGACCCCUGCCUGGACCGCUCCCAGAGCCGGCGCCCGCCCAGCGCCGAGCCGCGCCCCUCCCUCUCUGCUGCCCCCCCCUUGUUGUGACAGUUCCUGAUACUGUUUAUUGAGGUGCAUGUCAGGUAUAAUUAGCAAUCGAUAUGGAAAACGUUUCCUUGCACCCAGCACGCCUCUGACGUCAGAGCCGAUUAGCGCUUCUUAUUGGUCCCAAAUUCCCCGGGCCGCGGCUAAUUAUCGGGAGCUUGAUGUUGAUAAAGUAAAGCGCCGGAGUGCGGGCGAAGCAUGUGUAGGGCUCCGGGUCCCUGUCUCCGCCGCCGCCGCCGUCCGCGCCUCCCGCCGCUGGCCCACCCCGGCCCCGGCCCGCGCCCCCGCGCCCCGCCGCCGGCCCCGCCGGCCCCCCGCGCGAGAUGAUGGACGGCCGCCUCCUGGAGCACCCGCAUGCCCAGUUCGGGGGCUCGUUGGGCGGCGUGGUGGGCUUUCCCUACCCGCUGGGCCACCACCACGUGUACGAGCUGGCCGGCCACCAGCUGCAGUCGGCCGCCGCCGCCGCCGCCGCCGCCUCGGUGCCCUUCUCCAUCGACGGCCUGCUCAGCGGCUCGUGCGCUGCCGCCGCCGCCUCGGUGGUCAACCCCACGCCGCUGCUGCCGGCCGCCUGCGGGGUGGGAGGCGACAGUCAGCCCUUCAAGCUGUCAGACUCGGGGGACCCGGACAAGGAGAGCCCGGGCUGUAAGCGGCGGCGCACCCGCACCAACUUCACUGGCUGGCAGCUGGAAGAGCUGGAGAAGGCGUUCAACGAGAGCCACUAUCCCGACGUGUUCAUGCGCGAGGCGCUGGCACUGCGCCUGGAUCUGGUCGAAUCUCGAGUGCAGGUCUGGUUCCAAAACCGCCGGGCCAAGUGGAGGAAGAAGGAGAACACGAAGAAGGGCCCGGGGCGGCCGGCUCACAACUCACACCCGACCACGUGCAGUGGCGAGCCAAUGGACCCAGAGGAGAUCGCGCGCAAAGAACUGGAGAAGAUGGAGAAAAAGAAGCGCAAGCAUGAGAAGAAGCUGCUGAAGAGUCAGAGCCGCCACCUGCACUCGCCAGGCGGCUUGUCCCUGCACAGCGCACCCAGCUCCGACAGCGACAGCGGCGGCGGCGGCCUGUCCCCGGAGCCGCCCGAGCCGCCGCCGCCGGCCGCCGCGGCCAAGGGCCCUAGCGCGCACGCCGCCGGCGCCGCCGGUUCCGCGCCCGCACCGCCCGGUGAACCGCCCGCGCCCGGCACCUGCGAUCCCGCCUUUUACCCGAGCCAAAGAAGUGGCGCCGGCCCGCAACUGCGGCUAGGCCGCCCAGCGGACAAGGACGCGGCCCCGUGUGCGCCCGGGGCGGCGGUGGAACGUGGCGCCGCCGGCCUGCCGAAGGCCAGCCCGUUCAGCGUGGAGAGCCUGCUGUCCGACUCGCCGCCGCGCCGGAAAGCCGCCCCAGCUAACGCCGCCGCCGCCGCGGCAGCUGCCGCGGCCGCCGGGCUGGACUUCGCGCCCGGGCUGCCGUGCGCGCCGCGGACCCUCAUUGGCAAGGGCCACUUCCUGCUCUACCCCAUCACGCAGCCGCUUGGCUUCCUGGUGCCGCAGGCCGCGCUUAAGGGUGCAGCGGGUCCGGAGCCCGCGCCCAAGGACGCGCCGCCCGCACCCGCCGCGCCACCCGCGCCGCCCGCUCAGGCCAGCUUUGGGGCCUUUCCGGGGCCCGGCGGUGCCCCGGACUCGGCCUUCGCGCGCCGCAGCCCCGACGCCGUCGCCUCCCCGGGGGCCCCGACCCCGGCGCCCUUCCGGGACGCAGCCGUAGCUGCGGCCGAGGGCGGCGGCGAGGAUUGCGCGGAUUCGGGGGCCGCCUGCCCAGCGGCCACACUGCCACUCCCUCUUGCGCCGUCUCCUGCGCCGGGCCCGCGGGCUCCCAGCCCCGCCGGGGAGCAGGCUUUGUGCGGGGCCCCAGAGCCAAGCGCCGAGCCGGGACCCAGCGCGCCGGAUGGCGAGGAGGUGGACAUGGACUGAGGGGUGGCGGGGCCGAGAGAGGCGCUCAGCCGGCCCGCGCCCCUCGCUCAGGCUCGACUCACACAACGAAAUCAGGUGAUCGGCUUAGAAACACUGCUUUUUCCUCUUUCUUCUGGUUUCUUCCUUUUAUUAUUACUUUUUUUUUUUUUUUUAAAGAAAACCGUUGUAUCAAUUCGGACCUAGGCAGCAACCGCAGGACUUGGGGUGAGACCCCCCUCCUCUCGGGGGAGCAAAGAACAAAAACAAAAACCCCAUAUCACCCACAAAAACCCACAACAAGAAUCCUCAGCCUUGUAAAAUGCAAAAAUGUCUAAGAAUAUUUAUAUAUGUACCAUUUUUGAUAAAUAAAGCUGGUCAAACGCAAGCUCUCAGAUCCAUCUUUUUCAAAUUUCCGAGCGCCCAGUAUGGCCCCUCCUCCCCUCCGUUUUCCACUCCUCUCCCCGCGGGCGGGGCAGG